GGGAUGUGGAUAUAAAAGGCAGCAUAUAUAUACCGCAGGCAGUGUAUUGUUCCCUUUUUUUUAAAGCUGUUGUGUUCUGAGAGGUUCGUACUCAUGGAUUUGAAAUUCAGAUGGUUUUUUUUGUGUGUGCUGGUAGUCACAUGUUUCACAGAUGACCGUUACACAAAGCACAUGGACAACUUCAUUAAAGUGGUGGAGAUUAUUGAAUCAGACAACCCUGGACUUGGGCCUCUAGCGGUGCUGAGGGGUUUGCGUAAAGCUGUUGGCAUUGAUACGCCAUUUAUUCAGCAUUAUCUUGGUCCCCUCAGUAAUGCACCGAGUCUUCAAUUAAAGUCAACACUCAGUGAGUUCAUCUCCAGCGUUCUUAAACACCAGGUGGUGGAGAAUGUGGAAGAAGGUGUAGUACUAACAGCAGAUGGAACCACUGUUGCUCUAACUCCUCUUCUGUUGGGCCUUGAAGCCGGUUUGAUGUCCACUUCCUGGCCACGUAUCCCUGGUCUCUACCCUCUUUCCCUCACCAAGAACCUAGCUCUUUCAUUCGUUCAGCAUUCCAUUAACAAAACUUCCACCUCAUCAAAUCUAGGCCCUGGCGGAUGUUGGGACAAUGUGACAGAACCUAAGGUCUUCACUCUCUCUGGUGUGGCCUCCCUGGCUACAGAUUCUCUAAUAAAUGGAGGCAUGGAUGGAGUGAUUUUAGGGAGGCAUUUUGCUAAACCUAACAAACAAAUGCUAACACUGAGCGCAUUGCUAAAACAGUACUACACCUACCAGUUGAACAGUUCAGGACUCGAUGCUGCACCUGCUCUGAUCAGCCAGCUUCGCAGAAGCAGCUUCAGGAAGCUUGUCAGCAUUGCUUCACUGAAAAAGCACUUAGCUAGGUCUCUGAAUAGAUAUCAAAAGUUGGAUGAAUCCCAGAAGAAGAAAAAACUAAAGGUGGAGAUAGAUGAAGGGCUGAAUGAAUUUGUCCACAGUUACAUGGACUGUCCAGCCAUCAUUCCACGUUGCAUGUGGGAAGCUCAGCCUUAUCGGGGCACUCCCACUCUGCUAUCCCUGCCUUUAUCUUUCCUAUAUAUCCAUCACACUUAUGAACCAUCCCAGCCAUGUCUGUCCUUCCAGCAGUGCUCUCGAGACAUGAGGGCUAUGCAGCGUUUCCACCAGGAUGAUCGUGGCUGGGACGAUAUUGGAUACAGCUUUGUGGCAGGUUCUGAUGGCUACGUGUAUGAAGGCCGUGGCUGGCUCUGGGUGGGUGCCCACACCAAAAACCACAACUCUAAAGGCUACGGCGUGUCCUUCAUAGGAGACUACAUGUCCAGCCUCCCUUCCCAACGCACUAUGGAUCUAGUGAGAGAACAGCUGGCAAACUGUGCCACAGAUGGAGGGAAGCUGGUCUCAAACUUCACCAUACAUGGGCACAGACAGCUGGUAAACACCUCCUGCCCUGGAGAUGCCCUCUACAGUGAAAUUAAUGGAUGGGAGCACUUCAGGGAGGUUCAGCAGUAAAGAUGACAUGAAGAAGACAAUGGCAGAAUAAACAUAAUAAAUCUGCACAAUAAAUAGAAAUCAUAUACACCG